GAAUUCGCAACUCCAUUAUAUCAACUACCUCGUUGUUUUCUUCCUCUUGACAACUGGAAUAUAUCGAUUUGUCAGCACACAUCAGCAAGAUUGAGUGUUAGUCAGAGGAUCGAUACAUGCCUCUCCGCAUUAUAUUUUUAUUCCCUGAUAUUGAUAAGCAUCGGCCGGACUUUUGCAUCCCGACAUUUUCGCAAGUGCAGGACGGGGAACUCGUCUGAUGUGGCCCAUCCCCGUCCUCCGCAGUGCUCCAUAUUUCGCCGUUGAUCACAAAUAAAAUAUAAAGAUGUCUCGGUCUUUUACGGGCUGCAAGCGAUGCAAAGCAAGAAGGCAGAAAUGCGACGAGCAACACCCAGAAUGCGGACGAUGUAAGGCAUCUGGAGUGCAAUGUAGAUAUGCCAUGCAACUUCAGUGGGGUGGACGAGCCUUUUCACGAUCGAGAUUCGGUGCCUGUGUCGGACCUGGAAUGCAAAAACUGGAAUAUUCUCCGGGCGAGUUUAUCUAUACUACCGUGAAAUCUGGAAGUGCCUCGCCUGCAGAGUCACCAAAUCCUAACGGCGUCUCUUCACCGUCCUCUCCAUCUACUGAUCUGCCGAUGACACGUGCAAUUGAUCCAUUUUCGUCCUUAUCAACAAGUCAAAAAGCACUCCUCCACCAUUUCAUCAGCGAUGCAUCAAGUGUCACGUCAUGUCAUAGUGGAAUGCAGCAGGAGAUCUGUCAGAUGAUCGUCCCCAUGGCUUUACAAACACCUUCCCUUCUAUACGCAACCAUGGCGUUGUCCGCUAUCCACCUUGAGGCAUUGAAUAAUCAUUCCGGGACUGUCAAGGCUGCACCAGAUAUCGCAAGGCUGAUGGCACGGAGUCUGGAGCAUUUUCGCCUGGAAUUACAGGAUUCCUCGCGCAAAGGCUCGGACGCUCUCUUGGCCACGGCACGUACACUCUGUUUGGCCGAAAUACAUUCCGGUGCCAUUCAGCCGAACACGUGGAGGGCACAUGUGGAAGGGGCCAAGGCAUUGAUGAACACAACGUCACAAUCGUCGAACACCCCAGCAACAGCCUUUCGCAAAUAUCUCGAUCGCUGGUACCGAUCGAUAGUUGCGCUUACCGCUCUCAACGGAAAUGGGCCUCCCAUUGGCGAGACUACGAGUCACACAGCGACGACAGUGUCUGAUGAUGAUCCAGAUUAUCUGGACGACUAUUGGGGGUUCACUGUCCACCUGGCGGAUAUUUUCCGCGCCAUUGGAGCGUUAGCUUGGCAGCGACAUCAGGAGAGCAUUACCACUCCCCAGUUGAAAAAGUUGGAACUAGUGAAAAAGGAAGAGGAAGCAGAAUCAGAUUUUGACGAACAAGCAGCGAGAUUAGAAAAGUCGGUCCUCAGACUGAUAGCUCGUUACAGUCAGAUAGGUGGCCUUGUUUUCUACCCGGGAGUGAAGGAAAAGCUUUCCGAGGAGUCGAUACAGGAGUUUAUGUUAUGCAACGAAGCUUUUCAGCACACCGCGUUGAUACAUAUUCAUCGGCGGGUACGUAAAGUACCUGCUUCUUCACCUGAGGUGCAAUAUUCCGUGAAACGGAUCCUGGCAUGUACAUCUCAGAUUGUCCCCCGAAGCGGUCUGAGCCCUUGGGUCAUGCUCACUACGCCGCUGUUUACCGGUGGUUGUGAGGCGCUAGGGGAAGAUCGAGAAGCAUUCAAGCAACUACUCACGUCACUGCACGAUACCACACGCAUACCGAACGUGUUGCAAUCGCUAAAAUUUCUCGAAAUAUAUUGGGCUGAUGGAGCACAGAAUGAGGAUGAAGAUUGGAGCCAUUUCCUAGAUCGAAUGAGUUUCGACUUCAUUCCGUACUAAGUCCAUGUAUAGGAUUGACUCAUGAUAACGAAUAACGCCGGCCCGAAGAAUACGACCUAUAAUUUCUAUAUGGCUAAUUUGACGCUCAUCCCGAAUGACAUCCAUGGAUGUAUAGCGACGAUGUACGUGUUUGGUGUUGACUUCUUUCUUGUAACAUACUGCAGUAUACCCAACAAUGUAAAUGAUGAUACCUCGCUCGUUCUUG